CUCCAGAGAAGCAACAGUGAGGACAGACGCAGCAGGAAGAUUUACGACCGAUCCUCUCUUUAGAGACCAGAGACAUCAAAUCGAUCUAAACUGAGGACUCACCGGGACUUUAACAAAACUUUUUACAGUUGCAGACAAAGUUAUCAGCUUCUUAUUGGGGUAAAUUUCCCAGAAUUCUGCUUUUUUGUCUCUCAAAUAUUUAGGAGAGCUAUUUUUUUCCUGUUAAAAAACUGAUCUGAGAGUUGAAGUCUACUCCUCUGGACUGUUUUGGAUUACUGUCUCGUCUAUCCGGUAAAAUGAGGUGGACGCAGCUGCUCAGGUGAGCGCAGUGAAGAUCUCUGCAGAGUACCUCUAUUUUGAAUGCUUUAAACGAUCCCUAAUGUGGUGUUCAUGUGUUUGGAUGUAGGAUGGUUCUGUGUGCAGUGAUGUGUCUCCACUCUGUUGCUGCUGCUCCUCCUGCUGCUCCAGGUCAGUUUCCAAACCCACCCACAUUUUACUUCAACUUUAGCUUUUGCAUCUGAAGCUUUAAAAGUAUAUCAAGUUAAAUGAAAAUUGUGAACACAUUACGUUUCAUUUUACUUAAUCAAUAUUACAGGAGUCUGCUUAAAAAGUAACGAGAUUCUUCCUAGGAUCCCUACACUAUGUCUAUUCUACCCUGUAUAUUGCUCAAAGACUAUCAAAAUGAUUUUAGUUAAGUACUUAGAGAUCAGUUUUGCAGCUCACAGUUGCUUUUUGAAAUCAAUAGUUAUCAAAUAAUGGGUUAAAGUGCAACGUCUAAAUUCUGUCUGAAAAUAUACAGAAUCUAGGAGGUUGAAAUUAGGUAAAAAAACUAGAUGUCUAAUAGUCGUCUAUUGCGAGUGGGGUAUUAGAGGCCAGAUGAGGAUCUUAACCUAGAUGUCACAUAAUACAUUUUGGAUAAAUCACAUCCUGAAUAUCACUUUCUGUGUGCACAAACUCGUGUUAAAGAAGCAUUGUUGGUUUUAAAUCCAGAUGUGUUUAUUUAAGAUUAAGGAGCAGGCCUGAAGAGAGAAUUUUUCCUCAGAUAUGGGGACUAGCAACGCUGCUGCAGCCUCUAUUAAAGACAUGUAUAUGCAUCAUUUUAAAUUAGUGACAUCUUUUUGCACAGCUUCACCCCUGUAGGCCUAAUGUGAAGUAACAUCAGCAGCAAAACAGAUUCACUAAAGAACACUGUAGAAUAUAAACUUGAUUAAAAUCUUCAUAUUCAAACCUGCCACAGUUUCCUGUGUGUAGAAAAGUUUACUAAAGAGAUGUGAGAGAGGUAAAUGUUCAGUUAUCUUACAGAGAUUGAAGACAGGAUAGAUGCAAGUUCCUGCACAAACUCUGACUCUUUUCUCUUUUUUUUCAGACUGUGAGGGAGAACAGUGCAAACGCAGCCAGACCUCCUCCUCCUCUUUAUCACCAUCCUCAUCUUCUUCUGCUUCGUCCGCUGUGGUUGAGAAGUCCCAGCAGCCCGCGCAGGAUUUCCUGGCUCAGUUCUCAGAGGUGAACUCACAAAACAGUGGGGACCGCAAACACCGUGACGCCAGCGCUGUGCUGCCCUUCAUCGGCCUCACUGGGAGUAAGUUCACUAUAAAACACUGAGCGCACCAAGAGGAGAAAACCAACGAAGAAGACCAUUUUGUAGUUGUAUAAAAGCAACGUUGUACGCCACUAGAUUUGCUAAAUAUAACUCAACGCUUUUUAUAGCUUACAUCUUGCUUUGUGAUGUGGUUGUGGACAGAAACAUAAACUACUUUUUUAAUGUCAAAGGUCUUUAGAGCAGAAGCAUUUCCAAUCCAAGGGCUGCACACACUGUAUAUAAAGCGUCAAGAUUGAAGUAGUGAAUAACAAAAGAACCCAACAGAAAAAAGUCAGAUCUAAAAGGUUCUGAAUUUAUAAAAAUUCUUGGGAUGUUUUUCAGUGGGUCGUUGGUCAGUUUUGGUGUUUUUCUGCUACUUUUAGAUGUUUGUUCAGACUCUCGUUGUUUGUGUGUCGAUGUGAAGCAGAGGGCGACAGGAAUGUGCUGCCAGAUGGAGACUCUGGUUUAUCUCACAGAUACAGCGCAGAUACAGAGUUUCUCAGCUUGUGGUCUGAGGGCCCUGAGGAGGUCUCAGUUGCUCUUAUUCGGUCAGAACCUCACAGCAGCUUUUCAGUAUUCUGCUUCCAAACACAGUCUCCCCUUGUCUUUACAGAUACAUAUUUUUUAUCUCCUUUAUUGUUAAAGUGUUUGUUUUUGGAGUAACUUUUGAGUGGUGCCUUUGUGCAAGUCUUUGUUUGUAGCUCAUGUAGUUUGGAAAACAUACAUGGUGUUUGUCAUAUGUAAGGGAAGCCUAGAUGAACCCUUAUUAGAUGUAUUUUGAUGCUGCAGCCAUGUCGGCCCAUUUUGGAGCUGCAGGCUGAGAUGAAUCCACGGCAGCAGUUCUAAACCUGUUGUCUUCAUUUCCAUUGAGACUCUUAUUUGUAUGGAAGAAAUGUUUUUAAAUAAAAUAUAGUAAAUAGUAAUUGUGGUUUGUGGCUCUGAUGUUUGUCUCUUUUUUCUUAAAGGUGCUGAGCAGAGUCGAAGCUGCUGUAAAAACGGAGGAACCUGCAUCCUCGGCAGCUUCUGCGCCUGUCCUCCAUUUUUUACCGGACGGAGCUGCGAGUAUGACCAGCGCAUCAGGUACAAAACCCGUCUGCAUCCCUCCCCUCUAAAUUUUUAACUAAUCAAAAACCUGUCUUACAUAAAUUCAAACAUUGUUAUUCUGUCUGUCUGCAGGAACUGUAAUCAGGUCCCUCACGGCGAGUGGGUUCAGAAAGGAUGCUCAUACUGCCGCUGUGGUUACGGCAUCCUGCACUGCUUCCCCCACGUCUUCCAUAAAGACUGUGGUAAGGUUAACACACACCAGACACCUUUUCUCUAUCUGCUGGAUCAGUUUAUUGUCCUCAGUGAUCACUCAGCAGAUGACUUUACACUGUGAGCCAUAAACAGAGGAAGCUUUAUGUAAUGAGUGUGCGAAGGUGCGUUUAAGGACAGCUUGAGCCACACUCUAUUCCUGUUUGUUCCUUAGAAAAUGGAAAAUCUCCACAUCAGCUGGUGGUUCUUAUCUAUGUAUUUGCUGCAGUGGAGGGAAGUGUCAAGAGUUGGACGAGCAGUUGACGCCCAGCAGUCAAACUUUUGUUUAAAACCCAUCGUUCACACAUUUUCUACUUUAAAGUCAGUAAACAGGAGACACUCCCAGGUCACUCCCACUGAGUGUGAACGACUUGGUGAGUCUGACAGUCAAGAGGUCCCUUACCUCAUUACCAAUUUAAAGCUCUGAGUCCAAACUGAUAAAACAAGCUGCACCUUUACUUUUGUACCACAACAUAACAGAGUUUUCUCACCAGAAGCUGAAUAACACCUCUUUGCUGCUAACGUCUCUUUAAACAGUUCAAACUACAUUAAUGUGCUGAAAUAUUGACUCAUGAACGUCACAGCAAAAUCUGUAAAAUCUAUCAGUGGCUGCACCUCAGGGUUUUAAUUUCACAAAUCAACCUCUUGAUGUUCUGUAAAUCAACUUUCUGUCCAUAAUAUCUGUUUGUAUGUCUAUCAGAUAUAUAUAAUUGUAGAAUCAGGGGUUAAAUCUGAUUGUCAGAUUGUCUGAUAUUGAACAUUUGCACAUACUGUAUGUUCUACUGAGUUUGUGAGGAGAAUCAUUAUGCAGGGCCCCUGAACUCCCAAAUAUUAUAAUACUUCUUGUGCAUUAUCUUGUGCACAUGAAGUAAAAUCAUGUACAUGCAAAAUAGUUGUAUUUCUUGUCAGAUAUUAAGGCCUCUGUUUCAUCCAGCUGGAUUCUUAUUAAAACUCUUGUUGUUGCAGCUCAUCUUAACAGUCAGACUGAACAGAAAGCAGACAAUAUAAAGCUGCACAACUUUAUAAGCAUCCAAUCUUUUGUAUCCACAGCCAUCAGACUUUACAACUCUUCCAUAAAUAGUAGAUGACUUUUUAAGACAUGACAAAUGAGACAACAGACAACUGAAUUUCCCUCAGGUGGUAAAUAAAGUUAUUCUUAUUUUUUAUUCUUAACCAGUGCUUAAAAUGGAGCAAAUAUCUGACACAAAUGAUGCACCAUUUAUCAUGUAUUUACAGUUGUGAACUACUGUAAGCUAAUUCUGCACGUUUUUUUAUGAAUAGCCGAUAUAAAAAGAAUCUCUUAGCUGUUCUGAGACUAAUGCUGAGUUUGUAAAAAUUAGCUGAUCAGAUUCAAAAGUUGUUACAUGAAAAGGGUAAAGUAAUAGCAGAGACAAGCACUGGAAACUGAUUGAUGGUUUUUUUUUUUUAUCUCUUUCUUCUUCCAGAUGACUCUGAAGAGGUGCGCUGGUAUCGUUCGUCUGCCGUCCGAGCUGUUCAGACCAGCUGCUGUCUUUAUCUGACGCUGCUUCUUCCUCUCCUUCUCCUCCUCCUCCUCUGAUGUCUUCCUGCAAACUCCAUGUUAGACAGUGAGCUGUGGACUGAACAACACUUCUCAAGCUGCUUCGUGAAGACAUAGGAUUGUUUUCUAAACUCAUUCUGAACAGUCUUUACCUUUUUAAAAUAUUUAUUUUACUCUGUCCAGAUGCUGCAGUGAGUGGGAGUAAAACUUAGAAAACUCCAGAAAUAAGAGGUUUGUUAGAAAGGACACAAACUAUUUUUGCAGUUUGAUACUUUCUAAGUUAACCUGCUUGUUUCAACUUUACAGAAAAUUUCAGUGAUUGCAUUGAACAAACAGCAGGAUUUAUCUCUACAGCCUUUCAUCCUUUAUUCCACUUUUCCGUUUGGAUGUGCAAAACUUGAACUUAAAUGACUCCUCUAGCUGGUUAUUUUAUUUAGUUCAUUUCAGUCUUUAAAAAAAGGGACUUACUGAUAAUAAGAUGAUUUUUUUUUCAGUCUCCAAAAACCAGCAGUAAACAUGAUCCAGACUCUGAGUCUCAGCUCGAGUGAACUUAUCCUUCCAGUGGAAGGCCGUGUCGUCUGUGUGUCUGAUAAAAGGAUGAACAAAUGUAAUGUGAAGGAAAGUGUACAUAAGAUUUCUAUGAAAAGAUUUUCUCGUUCUUUAAAGAUCUGUAGCUUUGUGAUUUUUUUUUUUGUAAAGAAGAUGCGGUUUUUGUGUCUUUUGUCUAUUUGCACAAACUGAGCUGCUGUCACAUUUUGUCAUUUCUGUACAAACAUGAAUUAAAACUUGUCCAGGAUUUUUUCUCUCUCAGAUGUCUGUAUUUCUGUUUUGAGAUUGUCCCUGAAAAACCCAUAUUCGCAUCAUAAAAGCCGAGUCAAAAGUGGAUUUUUUCGCUCCCGAAAAUAAAAUGUCCUACAUUCUGAGAUAAUGUUUGAAAGUGA